AUGACCGCCAUCACCAAUUCCUGCCAGUUCCAUGGUCGUGACGACGAGGAUGCCCCCACUCAUAUCAAUCGCAUCACUCGUCUCUGCAGCACCUUCUCCAUUGAGGGUGUCAAUCUUGAUGCUAGGUAUCUUCAGGUUUUUCCGUUCUCACUUGCUGGACGCGCAGCCGUCUGGUUCGAUUCCCAGCCUGCUGGCACUUUCACUACUUGGGCAGGCCUUCGCGAUGCAUUCUUAGCCAAGUAUUUUCCGCCAGCCAAGGCAUCUCGCCUUCGUGACCAGAUCCACUCGUUUCGUAUGGAGCCAGAUGAGCCGUAUCACUUAACUUGGGAGCGUUUUCAGACCUUGAUUACCCGUUGUUCUCAGCAUGGUCUAUCUGACUGGGCGUUAGUAGAGAAGUUCUACAAUGGACUUACUCCUGAGAUUAGGGCUCGUUUCGAUACGUCAGCAGAAGGGCAGCUUAUGGGAAAGAAGACAGUGGCGGAGUGCAAUGAUUUGUUUGAGAGUUUUUCCCACUCCGAUAUGGACUACAGCACUACCAGCAGGACUUCCAUUCCUGUGCGUACCACCUCGGUCGGUCGAGGGGUAAACCAAGUUAGCUUGGAUUCAUCGGUAGCUGCUGCAGUCGAGAGAGCGAAGGAGGAGUUGAGGCAAGAGAUGAGGCAGGAGUUGAGUGAGAUAAAGAAGAAAGUCGAUAGGUGUGAGGUUUGUCGAGGAGGACAUGAUACUAUAGAUUGUCCUACGAUCACUCUUGAGCAGGUAGAGUACAUAGCCGGUCAGUCUAGGGGUCCCACGAAUCCGUUCAAUAAUUCUAAUUCCAACUGGCGCGGUAGUGGUAAUUCGAGUGGUUAUCGUUCGUCUGGAAAUCCUCCUGGAUUUCCAUCUGGUCAGUAUCAGAGUAGAGGGCCCGGUAUUUACACGGAUUCUGGUUCAGGGCAGUUUAGUGGGUCAGGUUCGAGUGGUCAGUUUAUGAGUGGGGGACCGACUCAGGAGAGUCAGGGUAGUGGGAAGGCUCCUGACGUUAGUACGAACAGGCUGGAGGAGAUGUUUACCCAGAUGAUGACGCGGACCGAUGCGUUCAUCAAGAAUCAGGAGCAAAUUAAUAAAAAUAACGAGCUUCAGUUCAAGAAUCAGCAGGCCGCCCUCCUCGAUCUUCAGAGGACAGUAGGCGGGCUUGCUAAGCAGUUACAGGAGCACCCACCGGGUCAGUUUUCGGGAAACACUUUCCCGAAUCCCGCGAAUCAGUCAGCGAAGGCGAUUACGACCCAUAGUGGGAAGAGGAGAUCGAGAUGGAGGCUCCAGGCAAGGCAGCAGAAAUAUGCUCAGGAGUACGGGAAAUUCCUCGAGAUGUUUACUCAGUUGAAGAUCAAUCUUCCGUUCAUCGAGGCGCUUCAGUCUAUGCCUAAGUACGCGAAAUUCCUUAAAGAUCUUUUGAAGCGUAAGGAGAGAAUCGGUGAGCUUUUGAAUAUUCCUUUGACAGGAGGUUGUUCCGCGGUAGUCUUGAAUAAGCUACCAGAGAAGUUGACCGACCCUGGCACAUUCACGAUUCCAUGUUUCUUUGGGGGAGCCGUUACCCCUGCUCACGCCUUAGCCGAUUUAGGGGCCAGCAUCAAUCUGAUGCCAUUCUUGUUGUAUGAGCGACUUGGUCUAGGAGAGCUUACACCCACGCGCAUGUCAUUGUCCUUGGCUGACCGAUCAGUCAAGUAUCCUCGUGGGAUAGUAGAGAAUUUGUUGGUGAAGGUCGAUAGGUUUGUGUUCCCAGUAGAUUUCGUUGUGCUCGACAUGGAGGCCGAUGAGAGAGUUCCUAUUAUUCUAGGCCGUCCAUUCCUUCGAACCGCAAAGGCGAUCAUCGACGUCUUUGACGGUUAG